CGGCCAACAUGGCGGCCCGUGAGGAGGCGGAGGAGGAGGAGGAGGACGGAGCCCCCGAUGGCGGCGCGCGGCCGCAGCCCGGCCGGGACCGACAGGCGGGGAAGCGCAGGCGCCUCGGCCUCCUCGCCACCGCCUGGCUCAUCUUCUACAAUAUCGCCAUGACGGCCGGUUGGUUGGUCCUGGCUGUUUCCAUGGGACGGUUUUACUUGGAGAACGGAACACAUAAAGGUUUAUACAGGAACAUUCAGAAGAUACUUAAAUUUUUCCAGUCAUUUGCGAUGCUUGAGAUAGUCCACUGUGCAGUCGGAAUCGUGCCCACCUCUGUCCUGGUGACUGGAGUUCAAGUUAGUUCAAGAAUCUUCAUGGUGUGGCUUAUCACCCAUAGUAUUAAGCCGGUCCAGAACGAGGAGAGCGUUGCUCUUUUCCUGGUGGCGUGGACGGUGACGGAGAUUACUCGAUAUUCCUUCUACACAUUUAACCUUCUCAACCACUUGCCAUACUUCAUUAAGUGGGCCAGGUACAAUUUAUUUAUCAUCUUAUACCCUGUCGGAGUUGCUGGUGAGCUGUUAACGAUUUAUGCCGCCUUGCCUUAUGUGAAGAAAACCGGAAUGUUUUCAUUAAGACUUCCAAACAAAUACAACAUCUCUUUUGACUAUUAUUAUUUUCUUCUCAUCACAAUGGCGUCCUACAUCCCGUUGUUUCCACAGCUCUAUUUUCACAUGCUACGCCAAAGAAGGAAGGUGCUUCACGGAGAAGUGAUUGUAGAAAAGGAUGAUUAACUCUCCCCUUCAACAGUGAUGCUUUAUCAAAAUAACAAGGAUUUUUACUCCAAUGCAAAAAUCUCUUUGAUCCUCAUGUGCCCAGGUUUUAAGUUGUGGAACAAGAAUAAAUAACUGCAUGAAAUAUAA